CUCGCAGGAGUGAAGAUGAAUAAACAGCCCAGUAAAGAGUCUCUGCGGGACCGACUCAACGGGUUCUUUGGCAUCGGUUCGACUCGGCCCCACAGCAAACAGACCGAGAGCAAACCGUCAGAGUUCAUCAUCACGCUGGACAUCCUGAUGCAACUCACUCCAGAGUACAACCUCCACCACCGGAUCAGAGUCAUCAACCACGUGUGCGACCUCGCCAAAUCUAAGAAGUUUGAGGAGCAUGCGGUGGAGAACGUUUGGAAGGCCGUGGAGGACAUGAUGCAGCCUGAACAGCCGCCUGAAGCCCGUCAUGCAGUGCUGGUGCUGCUGAGAGCCAUUAUACAGGGACAGGGUGAGUGCUUGGGUCCGCGCAGAGCCUACUUCUUUAAGAUCGUUUUGGAUUAUCAGCCCUGUAAUGAAGAUCUGGCCGAGAGACUGGAGGUGUUCAAGGCCCUCACGGAGAACGGGAAAGACAUCACCUACCUAGAGGAGGAGAUCGCUCGGUUCGUCUUGCUGUGGAUGGACAUCGGUCUGUCAUCAGAUUUCUUGCAUGUCCUCGUGAACUUGGUCAAAUUCAACUCCUGCUACCUGGAUGAGAACGUCUCCCUCAUGGUCCAGAAAAUCUGCCUUCUGUGUAACCGGACGACUUGCUCCACAGAUAUUGAGGUUGCGCUGCAGGUGUUGGACGCGGUGGUGUGUUAUAACUGCCUGCCCUCUGACGCUCUGACGGUGUUCAUCAUCACACUGUGCCGAACCGUUAACGUGAAGGAGUUCUGUGAAUCCUGCUGGAAGUUGAUGCGUAAAGUGUUGGGCACUCACCUGGGUCACAGUGCCAUAUACACCAUGUGCCGUAUCAUGGAGGAGAGGGUGUACAGUGAGGACGCCGCUCUUCUCAGGGGUGCUGUGUUUUUUGUUGGGAUGGCCCUGUGGGGAGCUCACAGACUUCCUGCCCUCAAAAACACGCCCACACUGGUCCUGCCUUCCUUCUGCAAGGCCAUGAGCUGUGCUAAUGAGGUGGUGUCCUACGAGAUCGUGCUGUCGAUCAUCAGAGCUCAGUCCAUCCAGCCGGCUAAAGACGGAUGGCUGCAGAACCUGCUGAAACUCAUGGAGAAGUUCUUCAGGAAUGAGAGCCGUACUGUGAUCAGGAUCAAGGUUCUGCACAUCCUGUCCUUCGUGCUCAGCACAAACCGGCAGCUCUAUGAGGAGGAGCUGAUCGAGGUGGUGGUGAUUCCUCAGCUGGGUCAGAUCGCUGAAGAUCGAGAUCUGUCCGUCAGGAAACAAGCCACGCAGCUGCUGGUGGAUCUCGCCGAGGGCUGCAGCACGCACCACUUCAGCAGCCUGCUCGACAUCAUCGAGAAGGUUGCUAGUCGUCCGUUAAUGUGCUCUGUGGAGGGAGAGAGAGAGCUGUCUGUGGAGUCGCCCAUGGAGGAUGUCCGCACCGCUAUACUGGGUCUGCUAGACAUACUACAGUCGGAGAAAAGAGUGACUGAUAAGAAGCCAGCAGGAAGUGUGUCGCCGCCGACAGGAAGUCCCACACCGGUGGCUCCGCCCUCCUCCAUUCGCACUGCCUAUCUGCCCUACAGCCUGGCCUUCAGCGUGCUGCUACUGGGCCUGAAGAUGGAGACUGACUGGAAGGUUCUGAAGCUGGUUCUGGAUAAGAUGUCGUGCACCAUCCAGUACAAAGUUCUGAUCCUGACCUCACCGUGCAACAUCGAUCAUCUGUGCUCCACUCUCUGCUCGAUGGUGACAGACCGUCUGAUAUCGGAGCGUUUGAAGAAGACUCCUGAUGGAUUCUCCCUCACUGAUGUUCAGCUCGCUGUGGUUCCUGUUCUCACUGCCCUCACCUCCUACCACAGCUACCUGGAGCAGUCCCGACAGAGGGAGCUGGUUCAGUGUUUGGAGAAGGGCCUGAUUUACCGCUGUGCUAAGCAGUGUGUGGUGGCUCUGACCAUGUGCACCGUAGAGAUGCCCGACAUCAUGAUCAAACUCCUGCCUGCCCUCAUCGUCAAGCUCACGCACAUCUCGGCAACCGUUGCUAUGGCCUCACCCAUGCUGGAGUUCCUGUCCACAUUAGUGCGGCUCCCACAUCUGUAUGCUAACUUCGUAGCUGAGCAGUACGUUAGCGUGUUUGCCAUAUCAUUGCCAUACACCAACCCCUCAAAGUUUAAUCAGUACAUAGUGUCUCUCGCCCAUCAUGUGAUCGCCAUGUGGUUCAUACGCUGCAGACUGCCUUUCAGGAAAGACUUCGUUCAGUACAUCACCAAGGGUCUCCGUUCAAACGCUCUUCUGCCGUUCGAUGACACUCACGAGCAGAGCAGUUUUAGAGCACGCAGCACCAGCCUGAACGAGAGGCCUAAGAGUUUGCGGACGACCAAAGUGGCGAAGCAAGGCCCCAGUGCAAACUCUCCCGUUAAAGACCUGAAAGAUCUGUCGGCCAUGGACGCCUUCCGCUCCCGAAGCAUCAGUGUGUCUGAGCAUGCGGUGCGCAGCCGGAUGCAGACGUCCAGCACCACCUGCAGCCUGGGCUCGGCUGACGAGAACACGGUGAUGCAGGCGGAUGACGCGCUGAAGACCGUCCACCUGGAGCUGACGGAGACCUGUCUGGACAUGAUGGCGCGAUACGUCUUCUCCAACUUCUCUGCCCUGCCCAAGAGGUCUCCCAUUGCAGAGUUCCUGUUAUCCGGUGGCCCCAGUAUGACUUGGCUGGUUGGGAAUAAGUUAGUCACCAUAACGACCAGCGGCGGGUCACGAACCCAAGCCCUUCUGGGUCUGGACAUGGCAGAGAGACCUGGAGGAGGAGGAAUGACCAGGUCUGACCCCUCAUUACACACCCGACAGACGAAAGAGGCUCCUGCUAAACUCGAGUCACAGUCCGGCCAGCAGAUCGGCUCCAGCACUCGCACACGUGUCCGCUCCGUAUCAGGUGGUCACGCUCUGCGGGCCGGUCCGGCUCAGAGUCUCAGUCCGCUGGUGGCGUCUCCUGAGGGCGAGUACAGCGGCCCGCUGCCUCCGCCGGGCCCCCUGCUGGAGGUGCUGGGGUCUCAGAGGGGAGUGGAGGAGCACCCGGCACCCUCCUCCUCCCAGUCCUCAGCGCUGCUCAAAGAUAAGUUCAGCCUGGCUGAGUUUGUGCCCAUGCUGACGCAGGGCUGGGCCGAGAUCUUCAUCCGCAGACCCUCAGGUAACACCAGCUGGCUGAUGUGUCUGGAGAACCCGCCGAGCCCCUUCUCGUCUGAGCUGGGGAACGUCCCGCUGCAGGAGCUGUCCAGUGUGCUGAUGGCCAUGGAUGGGGUGAAGGAGCCCCAGAGCGAGGCCGCUGUGCCCCAGCCGCAGGGGAGGCCCUGCCCCAUCCAGCGCUCCAAAACCGAUUCAGUUGUGUUGGAGGAAGGUGGACGGAGCAAAGCGACUGUAUCAGCAACUGAGUCCAAAGAGCUGGAGGAGACUGAACCCAUCUACAUGAGCGCCGCUACAACACCAGCCGGCUUACUGAGCAGAUCCUCCUCAACAUCUAGUCAGGACGAUGAGAGGUCGACCCUGGAGGAGGUCAGUGAAGGCGGUAUCCCCAUCGAUCAGCCUCCGCCGGCCCUCUCCACUCCAGGACCGAACGAGUCAGACCUUAAUUUCAUACACGGCACCACCCUCAACAAAUCCAGCUCCUCCCCAGAGCUCCAAACGCUCCCAGAGGCCUUCACUAAGGCUGCGGCCCAGAGUGCCGCUGACGGAGAUGUGCUCAGCUCCAAGAUCCAGACGGUCCAUACCGCUUCAGAAAGGGAGGCCUUAGGAGAAAGCGCUUGGCCGGGAGAGAGCAUUAUAUCAGCCGGCCCGUCCAGCUCCAGCGCUAGCGUCUCCGUCUCCUCGUCCUCCACCUCCAGGAUGAGGCUGGAGUUUCCCACGGCCCAGCCGGGACCCCUGUCUCCCACCGGACACAGACCCCGCGGACACACCAUCUCAGUGUCUGCGCCCUCGUCCCGCAGGGAGCGGAAGAUGGACAGAGACUCUUACCACAACCGAGGAGGACCAUCCAACGCAGAGAAGAGCUCAGGACUCAGUCCCAGCUUUGUCUUCCUGCAGCUCUAUCACUCUCCAUUCUUUGGCAAUGAAGCCAACAAACCCCUCCUGCUGCCCAAAUCUCAGCUGAUUGAUCGUGCUGUUAAAGUCUUGGAUCAGAUGCCUCCGUAUGACACUCAUAAGAUCGGCGUUGUGUUUGUUGGAGCCGGUCAGGCUAAUAACGAGGUGUCGAUCCUGUCCAACGAGUACGGCUCCAACCGCUACGCUCAGUUCCUCACGGGCCUGGGAAAGCUCAUCCACCUGAAGGACUGCGACCCAGACCAGAUCUUCCUGGGUGGACUGGAUCAGUACGGAGACGACGGAGAGUUCACCUACUGCUGGCACGAUGACAUCAUGCAAGCGAUUUUCCAUAUAGCCACUCUGAUGCCGAACCGCGAGAGCGACAAGGGCUGCUGCAAUAAGAAACGCCACAUUGGGAACGACUUUGUGGUGGUGGUUUACAAUGACUCCGGAGAGGAGUACAAACUUGGCACCAUCAAGGGUCAGUUCAACUUCGCGGAGGUGCUUAUAAAACCUCUCGACUACGAGAGCAACCUGGUCACACUGCAGUGCCGGAAAGAUCUGGAGGGUUUGGUCGACACCAGUGUGGCAAAGAUCGUUUCUGACCGCAAUCUACCAUUGCUCGUGAGACAGAUGGCUCUGCACGCCAAUAUGGCAUCGCUGGUACAUCAGUGUAGAGCAAACCCAUCAGACGCCUACGCUUCAAAAUGGCUGGCAAGAUUGAGACACAUCAAGAGGAUCAGGACACGGGCUCAGGAAGAAAUUCAGUCACGCCCCACUCACGGAAUCUCUCUGACCCAAAGCCACGCCCCCAUGCAGAAUAAACCCGCCCACCAGCCCUCCGGCUCUGCUCCAAACCAGGAUGCCGGCCAGAGGAAGAGGCUGGUGUCAACCAUCGACGAUUUCACAGACUUUGUCUAGCGAGAGACCCGUGACGUGUUUUUAACUGAGACCAAUAGACGCUGCAUUCCCAUCAGUCCAGACGAACAAAUCCAUUCCUGAAUGCGGAGGGCAGAGAGGUUUAGUGUUAGUAAGAUUCGAUCACCUUUAAAACACCCCAGUGUGCCAAGUAAGAGAUCAGUUCAGCCGGGACGCAGCUUCACUCAAUGCUGUGACUGUAGGAAUGAAUUUCACAAUGCACUGCUCCGUCUGCUGAAAGAUGGAUGCAAACGCCCACACUGGCUUUAUCACAUGCCAUUUUUAGCAGUACGACUAAAUUACACACGGUUAACACGCUUUCGUGUCUCUGCACAUUUUCAUCCACACGUUUCUUUCUCUAGAACAAACUUGUAUUCACACACUCAUUUUCUCUUGUUGUUUUUCUCUGAAUAUAUAAAAAUCGUCUGUGAUAUUAACCGUCCAAUCAUUUUGCUUGUUUCCUGUUGUUUUCUUUGUGUGUGUGAUGGUUAAAGCUUAUCUAAUGAGUUUAUAAUAGUACAACAGAUUUGCAGAACAACAGCUAGUACAGUAGACUGCAUCAGACGUGUGUGCUUCGCUGCCAAAUAAAACGCUGAAAUGUGCAAAUC